CCGCGCACACUACGCCAGAGCAAGAUGGCCGACGCGGCGGCCACGACCGGGGCCGGCAGCUCCGGAACGAGAUCAGGAAGUAAACAGUCUACUAACCCUGCUGAUAACUACCACUUGGCCCGGAGGAGAACCCUGCAAGUGGUUGUGAGCUCCUUGCUGACAGAGGCAGGGUUUGAGAGUGCUGAAAAAGCAUCCGUGGAAACAUUGACGGAGAUGCUGCAGAGCUACAUUUCAGAAAUUGGGAGGAGUGCCAAGUCUUACUGUGAGCACACAGCCAGGACUCAGCCCACACUAUCGGACAUCGUGGUCACACUUGUUGAGAUGGGUUUCAAUGUGGAUACUCUCCCAGCUUAUGCAAAACGGUCCCAGAGAAUGGUCAUCACUGCUCCUCCAGUGACCAAUCAGCCAGUGACCCCUAAGGCCCUCACAGCAGGACAGAACCGACCCCACCCGCCACACAUCCCCAGCCAUUUUCCGGAGUUCCCUGAUCCCCACACCUACAUCAAAACUCCGACGUACCGUGAGCCUGUGUCGGAUUACCAGGUCCUACGAGAGAAGGCUGCAUCCCAGAGGCGUGAUGUGGAGCGGGCACUCACCCGGUUCAUGGCCAAGACAGGCGAGACCCAGAGUCUUUUCAAAGAUGAUGUCAGCACAUUUCCAUUGAUUGCUGCCAGACCCUUCACCAUCCCCUACCUGACAGCUCUUCUUCCGUCUGAGCUGGAGAUGCAACAAAUGGAAGAGACGGAUUCGUCGGAGCAGGAUGAGCAGACAGACACAGAGAACCUCUCUCUUCAUAUCAACACGGACGAUUCUGGAGCCGAGAAGGAGAACACCUCUGUCCUGCAGCAGAACCCCUCCUUGUCGGGAAGCCGGAAUGGGGAGGAGAACAUCAUUGAUAACCCCUAUCUGCGACCUGUGAAGAAACCCAAGAUCCGCAGGAAGAAGUCCCUGUCGUGAGCUGAAAAGGAAACCUGUCUUAUACAAGGGCCCGGACACCACCCUCCUGGGAAGUUAAAGCCACUCAAGGGAAGAAGAGAGGGUGAUCUCUUUGUGGCUGAGCCAAGGCUGCGGGUUGUGAUUGGGCAUGAUUUUAAUAGCAAACUUUAUAUUAAGAUUACCUAUUUUCACUGGAUAUUUGGAUUGAUGAAGACAUCAUGGUAAUAAAGAGGCUUUCUUAAUCAACCAGGACAUACUGUUGGGCUUAGCAGCAGCCAGUACUUCACUUAAUAUCACAGGACUUGAUUCUUUUAAAACCCAGAAGACUAGGGAAUGUGACAAGAAAAAAGUGUUCUUUGCUGCUUUGCUUGCUACCAAGAAGAUGGCUUGCUUAGGGGGUAUUUCAGGAUAUCUGGAUCUCUUUUAUUGACUCACAGUUUGUGGCACCAGUUUAUCAUCUCAGGACCUUGUUCUUUACCCUUCUCAUUUGGGGUCCAAGUGACCUGCUGAGCUGAUGGAAAGUGACUUUGUGCUCCCUCAACACAUUGGUAAUAGGAGGCCCACACGUCACAGCUUUGGUCUGGGGCUGGCAAGAAUCACCAGCUCAUCACAUUCUCAUCAGUGUGGAGAACAAUACCCCAGGCUGGCACUGAUCCUCAGGUCAGCAUUUGAUCAGUGCUUCCUAAAGUGGGGCAGUGUUCUCUGUCGUCCUCUGUGGACAUUUACUGUCCCUCUGUGGAAGGGGAACUACCAAGUCCUGCCCCUCCUGGGAAAACGGUCUUCUCUGACAAGACCUUAGAGCAUUGGCUACAUUAUGCUGUGACUUGAUAGAGUCAUAGAUUUUAAGCUAUAGGAAAAGGAUUUGGUGGGGUGGGGAUGGGAUUCUGAUGGCUGGCAUUGGCCUUGUAUUCUGAAAGCUGAGAAAUUUGGCCUGCUGGAACGCUGGUCUGGACGGAAGAGGGCCAAGAGCAUUCGCAGGCUAAGUUGAGGUGUUCUCCAGGAAGCAGGUCCGAAUCCGUUCAACCUCUUUGCUCCUGGGUAGAGAAGACUUCAUCCGGAUGUACUCAACAAACCAGAAAAUAAAUUUUUAAGGAAGAUGCUGGGCAAGCUGAUGCCCUUUGAUCGCCGAAGGAAGAGCUUUUUAAAACCAAAUCCAAGGAAGACCAGUGACACCUGAAAGCUAACACUGGAUAAUCAGGCUGUUCCCUGGCUUAGAACCCUAAGGUCCAUAUUAACUUUACCUAGACCCCCUCGGCUUCCGCCGUCCUCUCCUUAUUGUCCGUUCUCUUGGUGAAUUUGAAAACUUCAGAAACUUGGGGACUCGACAGCAGGCUCUGUGUCCCCCUGACCUCACGAGGGCACUCUAUCUCUUUGCCUGGAAGGAAAGUACUGUUUGUCAGGAACUAAAGAGGGGACAAUAAUGAGAAAAUUGGAUUCCCCCAAUUAGACUGGGUCUGUGCCAACCCUUCGGAGUUUGUGAUUCAGCUCUUGGUAAUUCUUGGCCUGGUGAGUUUAAAUACAGUCCCAGGUUCAAGCCAUGACCAAACCCAGCUUUCUGUUCUCAUUGCUCUUGGGAGCAGUCAUCCCAUUCAGCUUUUCUGCAAUUCCUCAUCCAUCAUCAUCCCACACCAGCACCUGUUGGGUGCCGCUGUGCUAAGGGAUAGGUGGGAUUCGGAAGAGGUUUGCCGUUUCUGCUCCUGAGGUUUCCUAGGCUGUACUCCUGCCAGUUCUGGAUGGAGACUGGGAAAGGGUUGGAGAACUCGAAACAUUGACCCGCCUAUUGUUGUGUAAAACCUGCAUAAUUCUCAAUGUGUAUUUAUAAAUUUCUAUUUUUUAUAGCUUUGGGGGAAUUAUUAGAGGGAAAAAGUAGUAAAUAAGUAGAUUAAAAAUGUGACUUAUGAAAGCUCAUAAUAAAAGUUCAUAAUAAAAACUUUGUAAAUAAGUAUAACUAAGCUUUGAACUUAAUUUUUGUUCAAAAGCUAUGGCAACGUGGACAGAAAUAAGAUUUACCUUUCCUGCUGAACUAAGUACACCUGGGGACUUUGUAAAGCUUUAAUUUUGGAAAAUUUCAAAAUUAGGAAAGUAUAUGAACUUGUAUAUAUUCCUUAUCCCCUUAUUGAAUUCGCCUUAUCAACAUCUUGUUGAUUCCACUUUAUCUAUUCCUUCCACCUUUUUUUCUUUAUUUUUUUUUCCUGGUGUAUUUGUAAAAGCAAAUCCCAGACCUAAUUCAUUUAAUCUGUAAAUGUGUCAAUAUGCGUCUCUGAUAGAUCACUCUUUCAAUUUUAUUUUUGAAAUAAUUACAGAUUCACAAGCUGUUGCAAAGUAAUGUACACAGAGGUCCUGUGUACCUGUCACUGUUUCUCCUGAGGGUAGCAACUUGCGUAGCUGAUGUGCAAUAGCAAAACCAGGACACUGACACAGUACAAGCCACCGAGCUUAUUCAUAUUUCACCACUGCUCGUGUGUGUGUGUGUGUGUGUGUGUGUGUGUGUGUGUGUGUAGUCCUGUGCAGUUUUGUCGUGUCGUUUUGUGUAACUACCACCACGAGACAAGAGUGGUUGGAUCACCACAAGUCUUUCUCAUGCUGUCUCUUUAUAACCAUAUCCACUCUCUUCCCUGCCCUUAACUCAGUGGUUCUCAACCUUCCUAAUGCUGCGACCCUUUAAUAUAGUUCCUCAUGUUGUGGGGACCCCCAACCAUACAAUUAUUUUUGAUGCUACUUCAUAACUGUAAUUUUGCUACUGUUAUGAAUCAUAAUGUAAAUACCUGAUGUGCAGGAUGUGUUUUCAUUGUUACAAAGGGGUUGCAACUCACAGGUUGAGAACUGCUGCAAACUUCUGGCAAUCACUACUCUGUUCUUUAUCUCCAUAAUUUUAUUUAAAGAAUGUCAUAAGGGGGCGGCACCUGUGGCUCAAAGGGGUAGGGCACCGGCCCCAUAUGCCAGAGAUGGUGGGUUCAAACCCAGCCCUGGCCAAAAACUACAAAAAAAAAAAAGAAUGUAAUAAGGCCAGGUGUGGUGACUCACACCUAUAAUCCCAGCAUUCUGGGAGGCCGCAGUGUGUGGAUUGCUUGAGCUUACACAGUCCAGACCAGCUUGAGCAAGAAGAAGACCCCAUCUCUAAAAAUAGCUGGGCAUUGUGGUGGGUGCCUAUAGUCCCAGCUACUUGAGAUGCUAAGGCAAGAGGAUCACUUGUGCCCAGGAGUUUGAGGUUGCUAUAAGCUAUGAUGUCCUGGCAUUCUAUCCUGGGCAACAAAGUAAGACUCCGUCUCACAAAAAAAAUCAUAUAAGUGGAAUCAUAAAGUAUAUAAUCCUUUGAAAUUGGCUUUUUUUCACUCUGCAUAAUUUACUUAAGAUCCAUCUAGUCUCUUGUGUGCAUCAGUAUUUCCUUUUUUAUUGCUAAGUAGCAUUCCAUGGUGUGGGCAUACCACAGUUUAACAUUGUUUAACCACUCACAUAGUGAGGGGCAUCUGGGCUGUUCUUGCUUUGGGGCUGUAAUGAAUAAAGCUAUGAACACUUGUGCACAAGUUUUUUGUAAACAUAACCAUUUUCAUUUCUCUACAAUAAAUGCCUAUGGAUGUAAUUGCUAGAUUGAUAACUGCAUGUUUAAUUUUGUAAGAAACCGACAAAGUAUUUUCCAGAGUGACUAUACCAUUUUUCAUUCCCACUAGUAAUGUAUGAGUGAUCCAGUUUCUCUGUGUCCUCACCAGUAUUUGGUGUUAUUUUUCAUUUUAGCCAUUUACCAGGUGUAUAGUAAUUUCUUAUUCUUUUCUUUUGAGACAGAAUCUCACUAUGUCACCUUCGGUAGAGUGCUAUGACGUCACAGCUCACAGCAACCUCACACUCCUAAGCUUAAGAGAUUCUCUUGCCUCAGCCUCCCAAGUAGUUGGGACUACAGGUGCCCACCACAACACCCGGCUAUUUUUUGGUUGGAGUUGUCAUUGUUGUUUAGCAGGCCCGGGCCAGGCUCAAACCCGCCAGCCUCAGUGUAUGUGGCUGGCGCCCUACUCACUGAACUAUGGGCGCCAAGCCUUGUUUUAUUUUCUUUCAAGACCGGGUCUAAUUCUUUUUGCACAACCUGGAGUCCAGUUGCACAACGUAGCUCACUGGAACUCCCAGGCACAAGCCAUCUUUCUGCUUCAGCCUCCCCAGAGAUAGGAUUACGUCUGUGAGCUUUGCACCAUCCUUCUUAUUGGGCUAGUGUGAUGCCGAACAUAUUUUCCUUACUGGGCUAGUGUGAUGCCGAACAUAUUUUCCUUAUUGGGCUAGUGUGAUGCCGAACAUAUUUUCCUGUGUUUAUUUGCUAACUGAAUAUCCUCUUUGGUGAAAGGUUUGUCUGUGUCUUCUGUACAUUUUCUAAUUGGAUUGUUUGUGAUUUUGUUGUGUAUUUUAGGUAUAAGAACUUGUGACUUGCAAAUAUUUUCUCCAGCUGGGUAGCACGUCUUUUUAUCCUUUUCACAGGGUCUUUUGAAGAGCAAAAGCAUUUUGUUUUUCUUUUUGUUUUUGGCUGAGGUUGGGUUUGAACCUGCCACCUCCGGCAUAUGGGGCCAGCGUCCCACCCUUUUGAGCCACAGGCGCCACCCAGAGCAAAAGAUUUUAAUUUUUUUUUUUCUUUGCUGGAGCCGGGUUUGAACCUGCCACCUCCAUUAUAGGGGCUGGCGCUCUACUUAUCCUUUGAGCCACAGGUUUAAUGAAGUAUACUUUAUUAAUUUUGUCUUUUAUGGAUCAUCUUUGUUUGGGGUUUUUUUUUGUUG